AUGGUUGAGAUCAAUGGCCCCGCCGCCGCGGCAUCCGACUCCAACUCGGCAUUGGACAUCGACCAGAUCGCCAUCUCCCCCAACGAUGCGCAGCGCGUAGCCGGCCUCGCGCAGAAGGUGGAAACCUUGAGCAAAGCUUAUACAUCCGGACAGACCGAUACUCGCCUGAAGCUGCUCGAGGCCACCGAGUCGCUGCUGGCCAGCCUGGAGACGCCGCGCGAAACGAUCCUGCGAUACUGCUGGCGCAAUCCAACAGCAUUUGCUGUGGUCGAAACAGCCCUGAAUCUGGGGGUCUUUCGCUUGCUGGCGGCCAGCGACCAGCCAAGAUCCGUGGCCGAACUAGCGACCGCCACCGGGGCUGACCUCGAGCUGCUAAGUUCAGAGCGCAUCAUGAAGCAUCUGGCGGCGGUCGGCGCUGUCACCGAAGCUGGGCUGGACCUGUAUGCUCGCAACGGCUUCUCCACGACGUUAUCGAGCACCCGGUAUUCGGAUGCAUUCCCGACAAUCUCCGCGACGACAUCUCGGCCAAUCCUGGCCAUUCCCGAGUUCCUCCAAAAGACGAACUAUAGCAAUCCCAAAAACGGGCUGGACAGCCCCUUCCAGCUGGGUACUGGUCUGAAAGCCUCGUUCUUCGAAUUCGUCCAGAACGACCCCGUAAUCAAUGCGCAGUUCAAUAACCUCAUGUCGGUGUACCACCAGGGCCGCGCCAGCUGGAUGGACCCCAACUUCUACCCGCUGGAACGGCUGGUCGAGGGCAUGCGAGGCGGCAGCGACGAGGUCUUUUUGGUCGACGUGGGCGGCGGCAAAGGCCACGACCUGAAGGAGCUGCGGCGCAAGUGGCCGAGCACGCCGGGACGACUCGUGCUGCAGGAUCUGCCGCCAGUCCUCGCAGAAGCGACGGAUCUCGGCUCUGAGAUUGAGGUCAUGCCGCAUGACUUCUUUACUGAGCAGCCCGUCAAGGGCGCCCGGGCGUACUUUAUGCACUCGGUUCUUCAUGAUUGGCCGGACGACGUGUGCUUGAAGAUUCUCGGCCAUCUGAAGAACGCCAUGGUUCCUGGAUACAGCAGGCUGCUUAUCAACGAGAACGUCGUGGCGGACACUGGCGCCCACUGGCAGGCGACGUCGCUGGAUUUUAUCAUGCUGGGCGACUUUGCUGGGGCGGAGCGCACUGAGAGUCAAUGGCGACAGUUGCUGGAGGCUGCUGGGUUCAAGAUCAUGCAUAUAUGGACUGCAGAUAAGUGGUCGGAGAGUUUGCUUGAAUGUGAGCUGGCCUAG